AUGAAGCUUUACUGGAAGGCCUGCGCUUCCGCUCUUGCCACCAUUGAGCAUGAGACCGGCAAUGGCCAUGCAGAGACCAUUACCGAGAUCGAACACAAUGGGAAUCUGAGAUCCCUUGAGGUGUUGCAACACCCCUCCUUCCAAUAUUUGACCAAUAUAUUGGAUGACUGCAUUGAUGCCAUGCACCACAUCCUGGAUUACCUCCGGCUUCGUGGCCAUUCCGAUGAUUUACAGAACCAAGGUCGCGACUGUCAGUUGCUGCUUGAGAUGAUUUGCUGCAUCAUGAAUCAUCCCCAUACUCCUCACUACCGAGUGGAGACCUUGCGCGUCAAUUUCGCCACCUGA